AUGCAUUGGCUAUAUCUACCUUACACCCGAAAAAAGAAACCAUUUCCUUCCAUUCAGAACAAUCUGUACCUCGUCAGUGACCACCACAGAAUACCACCAUCACCCACCACUUCCCACAUCGCAUCCAACACAAUGCUCCCAACCGAAUCCUCCUUCUACACCAACAACGGCCUAACCAGCGUCAUAGCUUCCUCCGACCGGCCCUGCUCCAUCUGUCUCGAUUCAGACAUCAUCGACCCCGUAACGCUUCCUUGUCCUUGCAAGAACAUCUACUGCCGAGAAUCGAUAACCCAAUGGCUCAACUCCUCAGCUCGAUGUCCAACUUGUAAGAAGCUAUUCUUCAUUCCUCCACAUCCGCCCGAAGAUAUGAGGGAGUACUUGGAGAUUUAUGGCUUUGAGGCUUUCGGUGAGGAGCUUGUGCAGGUCGCGAGCGAUCCGCCGGGACAUCAUGAGUUUACUCAAUUCGAGUACUUGCUUCCACGUCUCGUCGGUAUGCAAGAAGUCAUUGAUAAUGAUGAUGUCCUCUACGAAGAUAGGCGUUGGGCGAGUUUCGACUUUCCCACUUUGAGGCUAAUCUUAAUCGGUAGGGCGAAUGAGUUGGCUUACUUUCAGGUUCUAGACGGCCGGCCGAUUCUAGACGAGGAGCUUGAGUUAGGUCUUGAUGGCUGUAAUAUGCCGAGUCAGGAUGUUGUUGAUCGUAUCACUGUUGCGCUCCUGGAUGAGCUCGAGGAGCAACAUGUUGAAGCUUUGCAAGCCAACGGUGACGAUCUUGCUGUACAUUUCGGCGGCAGCUUCGAUCACUGGACGCAGGAAGUCCAGCUAACGAGUGAUGAGAUGAGAGCUGAAGGUAUGGAUUGGCUUCUGUUUGGGGUGGUUUUGGUUUUGACGCACGUGCCUAGCUCACAGUUGGCAUGGGAACGUCCGAGUGAAAGAGUCGAGGCGUGGUUGCCAGUUUUGUCAGCGGCAAUAGCUUUGAAGCAAACCCUCGACUCUGUUUCUUUUCCUCGACACUUCCCUUUUUGGCUGGCGCACCAACUCCGGUUAGGAUACACAAACAUGCCGCUGCCGACCGAGGAGGAAUUUCGCGCGAAGAACGACCUGAAAGAAAUCAAGACGGCGCACGAAGAAGACAGCUCUGCGAUCUACCGCUCACCAUGGUGCCGUCGAGAAAGCGAGUGGCCUGUGCUGCGAUUGCGCAUAUCGGUGCCGGUCGGUAUGCUUCGUUGCUUGACGCACCAUCUUGCUGACCACAAUCACAGGCCGCGGCAAGUGUCCGACGCGACCCAGCCACCGUCUGGGAGCUAUGGGAAUCUGACCAGGACGAGUGGAUGCGACAAGGAGGGUGGCCGCUCUCCGCCUACGACUUCCUUGAAUUUGCCGACUUCGUGUCUGCCAACACUGCGAUGGCCAGCCACGCGACCGCCUUCGCGGCUGGCAGCGUCUGUGGCGGCAUCUUGUUCAGAGCUGAUGAUGUCCAGAUACACCCGCCUCGACGAGGGUCUUCUUGAGAUCGAGGACCGCGCCACCUUCCGCGUCGAUCUGAUAUCGGAUAUCCUUACUUACUGUUUGAACUAUCAGAUCGAUUUUGCUGUGGUUGAGGGAAUCGUCCUCCCAGACUCCACUGUUGAAGACUGGAAACUUGUUGUAUCCACAUUGAUCCAGUUCUGCCAGCUGCUGGAAGGCGAAACUCUGCCUGUCCGCGAGGUCACGUCGAAAUUGCUGGAAGCGUUGCGCAUGUCGUCCUGGAACGCAGGUCCAGCACUGAAAGCUUUUCUGGCGAAGAGCGACGAGCAGAUCAUUCGAGAGCAUGACGACGCUCAAUACUGCGAGGAGCUUUACCGGCCCUCUGAUGCUAAGAUCGCCCACUUUCCAUUCGCAGUCACCGGUCUGGCAUGGCGGGUCACGCUGUGGGAGAACUCCAAGAAACGCAUCGCUACCGGUCGCUCGCCCGAGAGUGCCGCGACAGAGGAGCAAGGCGAACAAGCUCCUGGAGGAAAUUGA